AUGAGAACUUUGUUUGGUUAUCCCGGGAUUGUGGUGUUCUGGAUCAUAAGAAUUCUUGGCAGCAACGCUAUUGGAAAUCAGUGUCCAGUUUCUACAGACAUCAAAGAAUUUAAAAGAUCUUUUGAAAAAGUGAAAGACUUCUUGUAUGACAAGGACACUAUUACCGAUGUUACUCUACUUAAAGCAAAAGUUUUAAAACACAUACAACCUUUUGAACAAUGCUGCUUUCUACGCAAUCUGGGAAACUUUUAUGUCAUCAAUGUUUUUCCUGUAUUGGAACUUUCACCAGUGGAACAACAGCGGGUUCUUAUUCAUUUGGCAAACUCUGUAUUGAGUUUCAGUAAAGAGCUGAACAAAUGUCAUACUGAUCUGAGAUGCCCUUGUGGUCAGCAGUCACAUACAAUUAUGAAACAAUUUAAAGAGGAUUAUUUUAAAAUAUCUGCAACAAAUGCUCCUAUUAAGGCUAUUGGGGAACUGAACAUUUUGUUCCACUGGAUAGAGAAGAACUUUUUGCCUUGA